AUGCAUUACCAGCGGCGGCCUGUUAUUCCACAGCCCUCCUCCUUUUCAAGUCACUCCGCAUUCUCGAGCCAACUGUACUCGCCGUCACCGUAUCAUCCGUCGGCACACCUCGUCAACUCCAAUGGCCCAACGACAAAUUCGAUGCCGAAGGAGCAAGUCGGAGGUAUCACUAUGGAGCGGACGAGGUCCGGGAAUUCCAUAUACUCUGAUACUCCUAUCGAGAACCAGUACUUCAAUGAAUCGCUUGAUACUGAUGAAAGAGCUGCUUCGAGAGUUGCGGAACACUUCAAGGCUCGUAAGCACAGAAGAGGCAAACAUGAGGAUAUCCUCCGCAAAAUCAUCAAGCUUGAAGAUCCCAAGGACGUGGGGGAAAUCGACGACAAGUCGCUUUCGAGUAUUGUCACUACAUGCGAUACGAUAUUCUUCGGCGGCGCUCUUGCCGGGCGGGUUCAGUGGGAAUGGUCUUCGCAGGAACGGUAUCAUUCCGAACUGAUAGGAACGACCGCUUUGAGGAAAUGUAGCGAUAGAGAGGGUUACGAAACUUUGAUUAUUCUCUCGGAACCAAUCUUAACGUCCUCACUGUACGAUCGACGCCUACUGCUCUCUGCUUUCAUCCACGAACUCAUACAUUGCUACCUAUUUAUACGUUGUGGCUUCAAGGCUAGAAAUGAAGGUGGCCACACCCGAGGCUGGCACGACAUUGCUUAUAUUAUCAACAAAUGUAUCAACAAAUGGGUUGGAGGGGACUACCUCAGUCUUUGCAAUAUGAAAGCAAACCUCACACACUUCCACAACUCAAGAUACCGUCCAGCCGCGGCUCCCAGGACCCAUGCCUAUAGGCAUGACCUGGAUCAUAACCAUGAUGGUUGCAGUCACAGUCCUGCUCCUCCUGAGUUGUACGGAGAGGUGACAAUGCCAUUCUUGGGUACGUUUGAGACGUCGGUGUCGGAUCGGUCGUACUAUGGCUGGCCGGCCCCAUACGGCGAAUCUCAGUUCUUUUAA